AUGAAGGCCAAAGCCGAAGUUUACCACGGAAACGAAACAUGCACAGAGAAGUUCACGUCAUUGUUAGAAGAAAAAGGGUUGCCAAAGGGCUUGCUACUAACUCUAAAGGACAUACACGAAUACGGUUACGUUAAGGAUACCGGCUUUGUCUGGCUCCGACGCCGGUCCCGACACGAAACUAUAUCAAAGAGGGACGGCCUCCACAUGUUCGAUAACAUCAACAUCAGGUACGACGAGGAAAUCAAGGCAUAUAUCGAGACUAACAAGAUCAGGAACCUGACCGGUGUUAAAGUCAAGGAGUUCAUGAUUUGGUUGGACUUGACCGAAAUCUACGUCCAACAACGAUCCUGUUCGGCGAAGUCGAUGAUCACAUUCAAAACUCCGAUGGGGUUGACGACGUCAUUUCCGGUAUCGGUGUUCAAACCUCAGUUGGCCAUGUUCGGUGAUGAUGCCGUGAAUGAAUUAGCUGGGGAAGCCAACGAAGGAAAGUAG